AUGAAAGGGCUGGGAGCAUGCCUGCUCCAAGAUGGCAAACCUGUAGCUUUUGCAUCCAAAAUUCUCUCCAAUACGCAGUCCAACUACUCAAACAUAGAGAGGGAAACCUUAGCCCUAGUGUUUGGUAUCACCCGAUUCCAUACAUACCUAUUCGGGAAGGAAUUCACUGUGAUAACAGAUCACAGGCCUUUGGAGACAAUUUGGAAGAAACCUCUAAGAAGCGCACCACCUCGUCUACAGAGACUAUUGAUCAAGGUACAAGGACACAGAAGCCAAGUCAAGUACCGACCUGGGAAAGAAAUGAUUCUUUUAGAUACCUUGAGCCGUCUUCCUAACCCCAAGGAAGCACGUGAUGUUCCACUAGACAUCAGAGUGGAAUCUAUCUGCUCCGAAGUAGAAGACACUCAUCAAAUCGACUUGAUCUUCUUCGGACAACACAAGAGAACAGAACUCCAGAGGGAAACAUCCAAUGACCCUGUUCUUAGGUCAUUGUGGCAGACAGUCACUCAGGGUUGGCCUGAAACUCUUCAAGAGCUUCCGACAUCCUUAAGGGAAUUCUUGUCUGACAGAGACGAGAUUGGAGUAUCACAAGGAGUACUUUUCAAAGGAAGCCGAGUGAUCAUACCAAAGACACUUCUGGAAGAUAUCCUUAGACAACUUCAUCUUGGACACAUGGGAAUCGAGAGCACGAGACGACUAGCUCGUGAGACAGUGUUCUGGCCGCACAUCAACAAGGACAUUGAACAGCUCGUAAAGCACUGUGCUGCAUGCCAGGAACACCAGGCAAGGAAACAGAAAGAGCCGUUGCUUCCCCAUGAUGUACCUUCAGCACCUUGGACUAGACUAGGGACAGAUUUGUUCAUACUCAACAGACAAGACUAUUUACUCGUCACUGACUAUUACUCCAAGUACCCGAUAGUCUACAAGCUGACUGACACAUCAAGUGCUGCAGUAGCUAACGUGAUGAGUGGAAUCUUCAGUCUAUGUGGUCCACCAGAUGAGAUCGUAUCGGACAACGGUCCACAAUUUGUCGGUAAGCACUUCAAGGACAUGUGCCGGAAGUGGUUGAUUACACAUACAACCUCUUCAUCUCACUAUUCAAGAUCCAACGGACUUGCUGAGAGAAUGGUUCGUACCGUCAAGAAUCUGUUGAAAAAGUGUUCACAGACUGGCCAAGACAGUCAACUGGCUAUGUCACACCUAAGAGCAACACCUGUUGACAGUCACAUGAGAUCACCUGCAGAGAUGGUGUUUGGAAGACCCAUCAGAACAACACUGCCAAGUCAUUAUCUUUCAAGAGGAUCUACCACCACUGAUCAUCUCUUGAAUCGAUAG